AUGUCUGUGCAUCUGCAGUUCAGUGUGUGCAGGACCAGAGAGCUGAGAGAGCUGCUGGAGGACGAAGACAAGAUCAGUCGCAUCGUCAGGUGCAGUGAGAAGCUCCAGAGGCUGCAUCAAGCUGCAGAGAAAACGCUGGUUUCAAAUCAAAAACUGGCAAAAGUGAGUCUUUCUCAAAAACCAAACUUUCGAGAUGCAAAGUUGCUGCUCGCCAUGAAGUACAGGGAGCUGGAAAAACUCAGAAGCAUCGUUCAGGCCAAGCAAGAACAACUUGCAGAAAAAUACAGCGUUCAUUACGCUCAGUGGUGCCUUCAGGAAAAGAUAAAUCAUGCAGAAGAAGAGUUUGAGCUGCUGGUUCAGAGGUUCGCAGAAGGAAAAACAGCCCUGACCGACUUCCUGAACUCGUCUCUCAGCUCUCGGAGGCUUCAUUACAUCCAGUCGGUGCUGCUGAAGAAGCUCCAGGAGAUGAUCAGACGUGAACAGGAAGCGGCUCAGAGACUCGAUGUGGCUCGGCGUGUCCCAGAUCAGAUUCACUCGAUCUGCAGUCUGACCACGGCCGUCGUGUUCCCCACCUGCUGCCACCGUCCGCUCCUGCUGCCGCUCGGCGCCCACGUGGCCCAGUGUUUCCAGCAUUCACUGUUCAGCUCUGGAGACGAGGACUUCCUGCUUUCAGGAGCGAACAGACGAGGCCUCAGGUGGCCGACGAGGCCCGUCAGACUUCAGCCUCUGAAGAUGCAGCAGAGGAGGCAUCAACCAGCACCGCAGUGAAAUAGAUUCAUUCAGUUAUUCUUUACUUGUUCUUUGUGUUCAGACAUGACUAAUAAACCCUGAGAGGUGGA